UAUUAUUAUGGCAUCAACUUUAUCUUACAGGUUUCUGUGUUUGUUUCUUUCUCUCUCCAUUUCUUCGCCUUUCGCAUAUGCAGCUUCUCAUCAUCAUGACCAACUUCACUUGUCUUCAGCUGCCAACUUGACAAAACUGCAAGCAGAAAAGAUGAUUAGAGCUUUUAACUUAUUUCCUAAGCACUCCAUCAACAUGCCAACCCAUGUUGAUUCUUUAGUAACCUAUCCUCAGAUUGUUGAGAAACCAUUAAAUUUGAAUAUUCUUGGUGGUCUAGAGCCUUCUGUUCAGGAUUUAGGUCACCAUGCUGGAUACUAUAAGCUUCCCCAUGCAGAAGCUGCAAGAAUGUUCUACUUUUUCUUCGAAUCACGGAACAGCAAGGAUGAUCCUGUUGUCAUAUGGUUGACAGGAGGGCCUGGAUGCAGCAGUGAAUUGGCAUUGUUUUAUGAAAACGGUCCUUUCCAUCUUUCAAAGAACAAGUCUCUUAUGUGGAAUGACUAUGGUUGGGAUAAGGCAUCAAACCUCAUUUACGUUGAUCAGCCUACUGGAACUGGAUUCAGUUACACAACAGACAAUAAGGACAUUCGUCAUGACGAAAAUGGUGUUAGCAAUGACUUGUAUGAUUUCUUGCAGGCUUUCUUCAAAGAGCAUCCCCAGUUUGUCAAAAAUGACUUUUACAUAACUGGAGAAUCUUAUGCUGGGCACUACAUCCCUGCUUUUGCUGCUCGUGUUCACCAAGGAAACAAAAACAAAGAAGGAAUUCAGAUAAACCUCAAGGGAUUUGCCAUUGGCAAUGGUCUUACUAAUCCUGCAAUUCAGUACCAAGCUUACACAGAUUAUGCAAUGGAGAACAAGUUAAUUCAAAAUUAUGACUAUGACAGAAUUAACAAGUUGGUUCCAGAAUGUGAGGAGGCAAUCAAAGCUUGUGGCAUAGAUGGUGAAUUGGAUUGUGAAACUGCAUAUGUCAAUUGCAACAACAUAUUCUCUGAGAUCCUGAGCGUUGUUGGUAAUAUAAAUUACUACGAUAUCAGAAAGGAAUGCGAGGGGCAAUUGUGCUAUGAUUUUUCAGCCAUGGACACAUUCCUGAAUGAGGACGCAGUCAGACAUGCUCUAGGGGUAGGAAACAUAGAUUUUGUUUCCUGCAGUUCUGAGGUUUAUGAUGCCAUGAUUUUGGACUGGAUGAGGAACCUUGAAGUGGAUAUUCCUGCUCUCCUUGAGGAUGGGAUCAGGGUGCUUAUCUAUGCCGGGGAGGAGGAUCUCAUAUGCAAUUGGCUUGGAAAUUCAAGGUGGGUUCAUGCAAUGGAAUGGUCUGGCCAGCAAGAAUUUGGAGCAGCCGCAACUGUUCCAUUUGUGGUUGAGGGUGCAGAAGCAGGACAAAUGAAAAGCCAUGGUCCUCUCACUUUCCUCAAGGUGCAUGAGGCUGGUCACAUGGUUCCAAUGGAUCAGCCAAAAGCUGCAUUACAGAUGUUGAAGAGCUGGAUGCAAGGAGAGCUUGGUGAGGCUGGAACUAAAGAAAGAAUUUCUCCCAAGUGAUCACCCCAUUUAAGUUUGUUCCUAUUUUCUUAGCAUGCUCAACCUCAGUCUCACAUUUAUAGUUCUUAAGAGCUCUAUAGGUUGUGGUAAUGCUGAUUCCUGCUAAAUUCAAGGAGAUCAUGUUCAACUCUUCACAGAAGUGAAAAACAAAACACAUGUUUUGCAAAUAUGCAUUUGAAAAUAAUCGGUUUCACUUCA